UUUAAAUAUUGAUUCAAUUUCGGUUCCACCUGGAACCUAACGUUUAAUAAUUUAUAGGUUAAGUUAACCAGGAAAUAGUUUAAACCGGUAUUCACAGUUAGAUUUUAUAUUUAAGAUCGUCUCGAGUUUAUUUCAGGUGCUCCGUAGCCAGUGAAACAAUCUGUGCAAUGUCUGAGUAAACUUAAGACAAACUUUAAUAUAAGAUUUGGUUUGGUGAACACCGGCGCUGUGAUCCACUCGACAAUGUCGACAUUAAACGUUAAUUGGAUGAAUUUGCGAGAUGCUGACAAUGGGAAAAUUCUUUGGCAGGGUAACGAAGACUUAUCUGUACCUGACAUGGAGCAUGAGGCACGUGUACCAAAAAAGAUUCUACGUUGUCGAGCGAUAUCAAGGGAGAUAAACUUCAGCUCUGCAGAGCCGAUGGAAAGGUUUCGUCUAGAACAAAAAGUGUUAUUCAAGGGCCGUUGCUUAGAGGAAUGGUUUUUCGAGUUUGGAUUUGUCAUACCAAACAGCACUAACACAUGGCAGAGUUUGAUCCAAGCUGCACCGGAAAGUCAAAUGAUGCCAGCUAAUGUACUAAAUGGCAACGUUGUGAUAGAAACAAAAUUCUUCGACGACGAUCUCUUAGUGUCUACCAGUCGAGUCCGUCUCUUCUACGUUUAAGGCGUCUAAUUUCCAAAUGGUCCUCAUAUUUAUGUAUACAUAUAUGUCUGUAUAUAACGGGACCAAUCACAGUCUAAGCAAAAGUCUAUGUACAAAAUGAGAGAA